UUAAAGUAAGCAAAAACUGGAAAGAAUCAGAAGACGUGGGAAGUGUGGCAGAUACUAUAAAAGCAUAAUGAGUAUGAGAAGAGGAUUGCGUAUUUUGAGAAGAGAGAAACUGAGUGUAUUGUUUCAUCCUGAAUCUCUAAGUAUUAAUCUUGCUUUGUUUUACUAAGGCAGUAAUUCGGUGCAGGGCAUUACUGGUUUGAUAAAAAGGUAAAAUAGAAUAGCCUUUCUUGUUUUUCAGCUCAUUUCUUCUAAAACACCCAGCAGCAUGGCUUAAUGCCUUUUCUGUCAGCCUCUUUCUCUAUCUGUUUAUUGCUGAUUUGACGAUCUCUGGUCCUUCUCCUUUGCUGUUAAAUGUGUGUGUCCUUUGUCUGUGCUGGUGGGUUCGCUAUAUUUGGAUGUGAAGAAAAGCCUGUUAUUGCCAUACUGGUCUAAUUAGCCUUCUGGGUGAGUGUAUACAUUACAUAGACCUUUUAAGCCAUGAAAGAAGACAGCUCACAACAACGUAGGUUUUCUUCCUGUACUGUGGUUUCGCCUGUUUUAUUUCCUCCACGAAUUGAUGGCCGAAAGCUUGUCCGGAACGCUUCAUUUGGAGGAUACAAUGAACUUUCUCCUUCUUUGCCAGGUUUUGAAAGAGGAAAGGAAGAUGCUUCUCAAAAUAAAGAUGAAUCUUCACUUUCUAUGUCAAAGAGCAAGUCUGAAUCUAAGCUUUAUAAUGGCUCAGAGAAAGACAGUUCAGCUUCAAGCAAGCUUACAAAAAAGGAAUCUCUCAAGGUACAAAAGAAAAAUUACCGAGAAGAAAAGAAAAGAGCCACAAAGGAGUUACUCAGCACAAUCACAGAUCCUUCUGUCAUUGUUAUGGCUGACUGGUUGAAGAUUCGUGGUACCCUAAAGAGCUGGACCAAAUUGUGGUGUGUGUUGAAACCCGGUGUGCUGCUGAUCUAUAAAACCCAGAAAAACGGUCAGUGGGUAGGAACAGUCCUUCUGAAUGCCUGUGAGAUCAUUGAACGUCCAUCAAAAAAGGAUGGCUUCUGUUUUAAACUUUUCCAUCCUCUGGAGCAGUCUAUUUGGGCAGUGAAGGGUCCAAAAGGUGAAGCAGUUGGAUCAAUAACUCAGCCCUUACCUAGCAGUUAUUUGAUCAUCCGAGCCACUUCAGAGUCAGAUGGAAGGUGCUGGAUGGAUGCUUUGGAGUUGGCUUUGAAAUGUUCUAGUCUUCUUAAACGUACAAUGAUCAGGGAAGGGAAAGAACAUGACCUGAGCAUCUCAUCAGAGAGCACACAUGUGACCCUGUAUGGCUUAUUACGUGCUAACAAUCUCCACAGUGGUGACAAUUUCCAGUUAAAUGAUAGUGAAAUUGAACGACAGCAUUUUAAGGACCAAGAUAUGUAUUCUGAUAAAUCUGAUAAAGAAAACGAUCAAGAGCAUGAUGAGUCCGACAACGAGGUGAUGGGGAAGAGUGAGGAAAGCGACACAGACACGUCAGAACGGCAGGACGACUCAUACAUCGAGCCUGAGCCUGUCGAGCCUUUAAAGGAGGCCACCUACACUGAGCAGAGCCAUGAAGAGCUCGGAGAGGCAGGGGAGGCAUCUCAAACAGAAACUGUAUCUGAAGAAAAUAAAAGCCUUAUCUGGACUUUGCUGAAACAAGUUCGUCCUGGCAUGGAUCUAUCCAGGGUGGUCCUGCCUACAUUUAUUUUGGAACCCCGUUCUUUCCUGGAUAAACUUUCAGAUUACUACUAUCAUGCAGAUUUCCUGUCUGAGGCUGCUCUUGAAGAAAAUCCUUAUUUCCGUUUGAAGAAAGUAGUGAAAUGGUAUUUGUCAGGAUUCUAUAAAAAGCCAAAGGGACUGAAGAAACCUUAUAAUCCUAUACUUGGUGAGACUUUCCGUUGUUUGUGGAUUCAUCCCAGAACAAACAGCAAAACUUUUUAUAUUGCUGAACAGGUGUCUCAUCAUCCACCAAUAUCUGCCUUUUAUGUCAGUAACCGAAAAGAUGGAUUUUGCCUUAGUGGUAGUAUCCUGGCCAAGUCCAAGUUCUAUGGAAACUCAUUAUCUGCAAUAUUAGAAGGAGAAGCACGGUUAACUUUCUUGAAUAGAGGUGAAGAUUACGUAAUGACAAUGCCAUAUGCUCACUGUAAAGGAAUUCUUUAUGGCACAAUGACGCUGGAGCUUGGUGGAACAGUCAAUAUUACAUGUCAAAAAACUGGAUACAGUGCAAUACUUGAAUUCAAACUAAAGCCAUUUCUAGGUAGUAGUGACUGUGUUAAUCAAAUAUCAGGUAAACUAAAAUUGGGAAAAGAAGUACUAGCUACUUUGGAAGGACAUUGGGAUAGUGAAGUUUUUAUUACUGACAAAAAGACUGAUAAUUCAGAGGUCUUCUGGAAUCCAACACCAGACAUCAAGCAGUGGCGAUUAAUAAGGCACACUGUAAAAUUUGAAGAGCAGGGGGAUUUUGAAUCAGAGAAACUCUGGCAGCGGGUAACUCGAGCCAUAAAUGCCAAAGACCAAACAGAAGCGACUCAAGAAAAGUAUGUUUUAGAAGAAGCUCAAAGACAGGCUGCCAGAGAGCGGAAAACGAAAAAUGAAGAGUGGACUUGCAGGUUAUUUGAACUUGACUCGCUUACAGGAGAAUGGCAUUACAAGUUUGCAGAUACUCGACCAUGGGACCCACUUAAUGAUAUGAUACAGUAUGAAAAAGAUGGUGUUAUCCAGACCAAAGUGAAACAUCGCACUCCAAUGGUUAGUGUCCCAAAAAUGAAGCAUAAACCAACCAGGCAACAGAAGAAAGUGGCAAAAGGCUAUUCCUCCCCAGAACCUGAUAUCCAGGACUCGUCUGGAAGUGAAGCUCAAUCAGUAAAACCAAGUACAAGAAGAAAGAAAGGGAUAGACCUGGGAGACAUUCAAACUUCAAUUGAAUCUAUUAAACAAACACAGGAAGAAAUUAAAAGAAACAUUAUGGCUCUUCGAAAUCAUUUAAUUUCAAGCACACCUGCCACGGAUUAUUUUCUUCAACAAAAAGACUACAUCAUCAUUUUUCUUCUGAUUUUGCUUCAAGUCGUAAUAAACUUCAUGUUUAAGUAGAAGCCCUUUACAAUUGAGUUAACGAACUGGAAUGAUCAGAUUUGGCCUGGGACCAAUGUUGAAGUUGGUUUGGUCUUUAUUAAAACAUCACAAUAUUUAUAAAACUGAAAACCUUAGAAAUAAAUGUAGAAGUGUUGACUUUCCAUACCUUUUAUCCUUGACCUGAAACAAGAGCUAUUCUAUUUGAUGAUUAAAGUGAACUAUGUGUUAAGUGCCAGAAUGUUUCUAGCUUUUGUCAGAAUAUGUCUACAUGUGAGUAUAAUGAAUCCACAUGUAUACACAAUUGUGUCUUAUAUAUACCUUACAGUAAUCUUUGUAGUCUGUGGUAUGUUCAUGUAAUGAAAUAUAUAGCAUUAAUGUCAGUCGUAACAAAAAUGCUAUCGAUCUUAUAUAUGUAACAAUCUAUUUUCUUCAUAAAACAGGCACAAAACUUUUAUCAGUAAGGAAUUACAGAAUGGGAAAUAAUGGGAUACUAGGCAUAAAUAGUUCAACACACUGUACUGUUAAAAAAAAAAUCAUUUUCAAGGCAUUCAGCUCAACUGUCUUCUUACAAACAGAAAACAAACAAAAUAUGUGGUCAAAUUGAGACAGAGUGGCAAACUGCUUUUUUCAAAAGUUUACACAAGAUUUUUUUAAUCCCUAGAAUUUAAUAUUUAUAGAUACAAGUAUAAAUAUGUGUAUAUCAACAGCAGAAAACUGGUAUGCAGCUACUUGGAUCUAUUGAUUCUAUCUUUCUUAUCAUACAUACAUAUUACCCACUUAAGCACUUGCUGGAAAAAAGUGUGGUCAAACUUGAUUGCUGUCCUUUUUUAUUUUUUUAAACUCAGUUGGUCCAAUAACAUAGGCUAAAUUCUAGAGAUGUUUGUAGGGCAUAUAAAAUGCUGAUAAUCAUGAUUUUUCAUUAUGAAAACCUUUUUUAGCUUUUAUUUAGAUUCUGGUGUGUUCAGUGAAACAGUAGAAUAGAAAAUAUAUAUAUAUAUAUAUAUAUUUAUAUCCCAUAUUUUACUUCAAAAGCCAAGUAAGAGAAGAGUGAUAAGAAAAGACACUUAGUGUGGUGGUAAUUAUGCAUUUUAAAAUUGGUUUCUUUAAAAUGUGCAGUAAGUUGAGCAUCUAAGAAGAGCAUCAAGUUCCGAAGUUUAAUUCUCUGUUCCCCUUUGCUCUCAGUAACUGCAGUCUGGGGCAAAACUACAAUUCCUCAAGGUUCAUUUUGUACAGGCUCAGGCAAACAUUUUCCCUAAAUUUUUUUUCAGUUUAAUAUUUUUACUUUAGGUAUCUUAGAAUUCCAAAAGUAGAUUUUGGAAUGAAAAUGAAGGUCAGAGAGGAAAUAAUUGCUCUGGCUACAUUUGCCCUUGACUAAGAAGAGACUGUGAGACACUAGUGAAGUUAUAGUCAAUGUUUAGGCCAUGCUAAGCAUACAAUAAAGGAAAGAUUACUAAAUUAUUAAAAACCGAAAAUGAUAAGAAGAGCCUGCUUUGUUCCUCCUAACCAAUAUAGUGAUCUUUAGUCUCCUUAGGUUUUAUGAGGAGCCGUUUCUCAUGUAUUUUUGGCAAAACAAUAAUUGUGAAAAUGUUUUUUAAGUAGAUUAUGCAUAAAUAAGAUACACCUAUACCCAAUAUAAGCCUAGGUAUGACUACACUAAACAGGUGGGUUCUGUUUGUAUCUCAUACUUGUUGACAUCAUUUUUGUCCUCUGUUACCAAUAUUAUGCUCAACUGCCUGUUCAUUAAUAUAUAUUUUGUAAAUAUUGUACAACUCGGUCCUUUUUUAUGGCUUAAAUUAGAAUUAAUUUAUGUAAGUUGAUUGGCAGAUCACAACGAUAAUUUCAUCUUUAAACCCUGAAAACUUAAGUUUUUUUUGUUGGUAAACUCCCUUGUGGGGCUUUAGGCUUAUCUACUUGAUGUCACUUUCAUUUGGUCUUAGUGUUUUGUUUGUAUGGUUAUCCUCUAAGACUAGAGAGGGAGUUGUUUUCCUUAUUUUUAAAACUUUCUUGUUAGGGUGAAUGUUAUGGGUUCUUAUUAUCCCAGGAGUCAAAAACUAUUUCAUGAGAAAGACCAGGGUUACUCAUGCUGUUUCUUAUACACUAAAAACAUAUGUCUAAUCUAAUAGUCUGACGCUUUUAGUUAUAUGAGUUCCUUUCUGUGAACUGAAUACAAAACUCAGGAAUUGGUGGCUUAGUUUUAGAUCAGUUCUUAUACUAGGCUUAGUAUGUGAAUCCUUUAAAACACAUAAUGAACUUUGUAUUUAGCCAUAUGUGUAAUUGACUUUGAAUGUUCUCUGCCUGAGAUUAAUCUUCACACAUGGACUCAUAAAAAUUGUGAUUUACAGUUCCCAGUUAUCUGAGAGUCUCAUGAUGGUUUCUAGGAUUUAAGACCUAUAACCAGUUUUUUUUUUUCUUUUUUCAUUUGAUCAAAAAGUUUAUUUUUUCACUGGAAAAUUUAAAUAAGUAAUAGUUAUUGACAUGUGGGUUUUUGUUUUAGUUAUUAAAUAUACUAUGCCUUCAGUUAUCCACCAUUUAGUGAGAUGUAGCUGGCCCACGAAAAGACAAUAAAUAGGGUGUGUGAUAUAAGUAAGUUUCAGUGAUAGAUAUUUCAUUUGUAUUUCAUAUUACUACUUUUUUUGUAUUACUUAUAAAGGUACAGUGUAAUUUUUGUUACCAUUCCAUUGAAAAAGUUGGCCUUGUAAAAUACAACUCUCAUUUAGUAUUCAUGCUUUUGUGCCUUUAAGAAAAUAAUUUUUGUCAUUUUUGUGUUACAGAACUGUAAUAUGGUUCAAAGUGUUUAUAGGCUUAAUUGUCAUAAAAGGGUCAUUUCUCUGUGGCACUUUAUUUCCUUUGAUAUAGCUAUAGUAUAUUUAAACAGUAACGCUGUACUUUUUUUAUAAGGGUUUGUCCAUCUACCUUCUCAAAUAUAUUCUUCACUUUCACACGUCACUGAAGUAGACUUGUCAGGUUAUUCUGAGUAUUGUUAAACAGUGCCUUUUCGAUGGAAUUCACACUGUUUUAGGGUGUCAACUCGUGCCAUAUGUACACAAAAUUAUGUGGAGAAGGCAGUUUUAACUUUUUGAAGAAUAUCUUGGUCAAAUAUUUAAGGAAACAAAUGUAUAGAAUUCCAUUUUUUCCAGUGUUUCACAUUUCUAAUGAACAGUGAAUAUAUUUGGGGGUUUUUUGUUUGACAUACAGUGAUACUGAUGAGCCAUACAUGACGCUGCAAAUUAUUUUGAAUUAUGUUAAAUGCACAGAAAUAUUAAAAUCAACAUUUAUACCAAAUUUUCCAGUUUGAACCAUAGCUGAGAGGGGAGGAAUCCCACACAGAUCACUAAGUUUACAUUUGAACUGCUAUCUUAUUUGACUAUGUGGAAAAAGAUUCUUUAACCUGUAUAACCUGCCACUAUUAUGUAAUUUGGCUUUAUUUUAUCUAUGGUGUGAAUUUAGUAUGUUUAAUUUACUUUUUGUUACUCUUAACAUGCUGUUUGUUUUGUUACAGUUUUAAUUGAAGAUGGACUGUUAAAAUUGAAUAGGACCAGUGUCUCCUUAAUAUGAUUAAUAUAUUUAGAAGAGCCACAAGAAACCCGUGACAAAAUGAAUGUGAAUAUACUUUAUAAAAUAUUUAGAAAAUUUUCUUUCUGAAUUUAUCAUGAAAAAUCAUUUGAGAAUUACAAUACUUAAAGAAAAAAUGCCAUGAAACAUUUGAACUAAUGAGCCACACAACUUCAGUUGAAAUUUUUUACUUUUUAGCAUGUUACCUAUAUGUCUAAGUUAAAUAUCCUGUUUAAUGAUCAUUUAUAAAUUCAAACACUGGUCAGUUUUGUAAAAUAGAAUAAGAGUAUGUUAUCUGCAGUGUAAGUACAGCACACUGUCAAGUUAUUUUCCUUCAGGUGCAUAGUAAAUGGACAGAUAGUCAUAGGCAACUGUUUUGUAAUGUGUUACAUUUCUAAUCUGUUACUCCUAACCUAUUAUAAAUGUUUGCAGAGACAAAAGAAUUGAAUUUUUCUAAUGAUCUGUAAAAUGAUGCUAACUUCAACUAGGCAUUCUAAAUAAAAUUUUUAAAAAGA